AUGGAGGAUUCCGUCGUACGUAACGUCUCAAUUCAUGACAUCCUCAACAGCAGGUCUAAUCUCCCGUUCACAACCAGAUCAGCCUGGCAACAGAUCCAACACGACUGUCCCGACCUUCGUAGAGUACGCGCCCACCUUAAUCAAGGCACACGCCCGUCCAAGAAGCUUAGAACAAAAACAAGAACCCAGUCGCCGAGAAGGCUGUCCGUGAACUUGAGGAAGAGCUCAUCAGACAAGAGCCCGAUGGCAGACCAGUAAGUGCAGUUGGCCUUGCUCUCGCCACUGCAGGUAUUAACUCCCGUCUUCGCCUUCCUGGCCUAUCAUCUCGCGAGUUGUGGAGUCAACGCAAUCAGUUCACGCAUGAACAUUUGCCGUUGCUGAUUACGACCUCAUACUUGGUAGACACGAGCAUCGUUCCACUAACCAUGCCUCCAGUGAGAAGUCUAAGAACCCCCGCGGUCUUGUUCCAAACACGCCUUCUCUACACGUUGGCGACAUUGUGUACCUCAUUUCCGAUAAGGACAAGUUUCGCGCGCGUGAUCGCUAUAUCGCGGUUUCCAUUGACUUUCUUUGGUGCUUCGUUAAGAAGUUUAGUGGUUCACAACUGAGGGCCUCCUCCUACAAAGUGAAGUUGUCCGAGUGUUAGGCAACACCUCCCUCCGUUAUAGUGUCCGAUCAUUCUGGUCUCUAGGCCUCUCAAGACCAGGAUGACGAGCCUUCUCCGGUAACCCCGGCUGUACCUGCAGCCUCAGUAUCACCAGAGUCACCUCCUCCCGCGCCGCCUGAGCUUACGUCCGUGCCGUCUGACGAGGAGCAAUUCCCUUCGCCCUCAUGUGAUGACACUACCUUUGAUGCCCCUAUUGGCGUUCUCACUAUACCUGUUCUACAGGAGUAG